UUCAAGAGUGUUGAAAGUUGCAAAUGCCUAUGCACGGAACCUCUCUUUUAGUGCCUUCUGUUAAAGAGUUAGCAAAGCAGCCAAUGAUUGAAGUUCCAGAACGAUAUGUUCGUACUAAUCAAGAUCCACCUAUUCUAUCCAACACAACCUCUUUUCCACAUGUUCCUGUCAUUGAUUUACAUAAAUUGUUGUUUGAAGAUGCAACUGAGCUAGAGAACCUCGACCAUGCCUGCAAACAAUGGGGCUUCUUCCAGCUGAUUAAUCAUGGAGUUAACCACUCAGUGGUGGAAAAUAUGAAGAUAGGAGUUCAACAAUUCUUCAACCUUCCAAUGGAAGAGAAGAAGAAGCUUUGGCAAACAACAGAGGAUAUACAGGUGUUUGGUCAGUUGUUUGUUGUAUCUGAGGAACAAAAACUAGAAUGGGCAGACAUGUUCUAUGUUAACACAUUUCCAUUGCAUGUUAGGAAUCCCCACUUAAUUCCUAGUAUUGCCCAACCAUUCAGAGAAAAUCUAGAGGCAUAUUGUUUAGAAGUAAAAAACCUUUGCAUCACAAUCAUUGGCCUUAUGACAAAAGCUCUUAAGGUUGGAACUAAUGAAUUGUAGAGUUAUUUGAAGAUCCAAGUCAAGGAAUGAGGAUGAAUUACUACCCUCCAUGUCCACAACCCGAACGAGUCAUUGGAAUCAAUCCUCAUUCUGAUUCUGGUGCCCUUACCAUCCUUCUCCAAGUCAAUGAAAUGGAAGGUCUUCAAAUCAGAAAGGAUGGAAUGUGGAUUCCUGUUAAGCCCCUAUCU